AUGGCCAGCUCGCCGCCAGCCUCUCCUGGGAAUCAUCUGACCCAAAGACCGAUGAGCGCAAUGGUGCGACCCUCCCCACGAAGCAACAGCCGCAUGAGCACGACGAGCAGGCAAGGUGGUGGAAGCAAAGCCUCUGAUGAAGAUAUCCGAACCGCGGUCAAAGUCGCCGUGCGCGUCCGACCGCCCCUUAACCCGAACGAUCCUGGCUAUGAUUUGAUCCCUCAGCGGUUCCAGCGAUCCAUGGUCCAAGUCACGUCUGAUACGAGCUUAGCCAUCGACUCACCGCAAGGAAAGAAGCUUUUCGUAUUUGACCGUGUCUUCGGUUCAGACGUCGACCAGGAGGGGGUAUGGGAUUACCUCAAUGACUGCGUCACUGCCUUCAUCCAGGGUUACAACGUCUCUCUACUGGCUUACGGCCAGUCGGGAGCCGGAAAGUCUUAUACAAUGGGCACAUCCGGCCCCAGCGAGCAGGGUGACGUCGAAAUGAUGGGUGUUAUCCCAAGAGCGGCGACGGCCUUGUUUGAAAUGCUAGACGGGACGAAGAAACCAACGAACCGGGGCUCCAUGUCGCAUCUUAGAACGCCCGCCCGAUAUUCCUCGCAUGCGUCUCAACCGUCGGCCGACAAGAACUGGUCGCUCAAGGCAACUUACCUCGAAAUCUACAACGAGCAGCUGCGCGACCUCCUCGUCCCCGACCACGUGCCUCAAAACGAGCGCAGCGCCGUCACCAUCCGCGAAGAUGUCAAGGGUAACAUUAUCCUGACCGGCCUGCGACAGGUCGAGAUCAACUCGGUGGAUGAUUUGAUGAAUGCACUGGAAUUUGGCUCGACCCUCCGGCAAACAGAUGCAACGGCAAUCAAUGCGAGGUCUUCCCGGUCCCAUGCCGUCUUCAGCCUCAACUUGGUGCAGCGGAAGAGCGGACUUCAUGGCUCAAACGGCGGCGACAAGCGUUUCUCGGUGCCUAUCGAAGCUAUGACGGGGUCCGAGACCUGGGUCACCACCGACAGCAAGCUCCACUUUGUCGACCUGGCGGGCAGUGAACGGCUCAAAAACACCGGCGCACAAGGCGAGCGUGCCAAGGAAGGCAUUUCCAUCAACGCCGGUCUCGCCGCGCUCGGCAAGGUCAUCUCGCAACUGUCUUCACGACAGCCCGGAUCCCACGUCUCGUACCGCGACUCCAGGCUGACCCGCCUGCUUCAGGACUCGCUUGGCGGAAACGCCAUCACCUACAUGAUUGCCUGCGUGACGCCGGCCGAGUUCCAUCUGAGCGAAACGUUGAACACUGUCCAAUACGCCCAGAGAGCCCGGGCCAUUCAGAGCAAACCGAGGAUUCAGCAGGUGGAGGAGGGUGACAAACAGGCCAUUAUUGAUCGUCUGAAGGCCGAGGUUGCUUUCCUGCGGGAACAAGUCCGCAGCGCGGAGCGAGGAGGAGGCGAGCGGCGCAUGGCCUCUACCGGCGACCGGUCCGAGCGCCACUACGAACGCGAGCACGAACUGCAAAAUCAGCUGUUGGACGCUCAGGAAAACUACACGACGCUCAGCCAACGCCACGCAAAGCUUAUUGCCGAGAUGGCCAGGGCCCGUGAUAACGAGGCCGCCGAGAACGACCAGCACGAAGAGUCCAUGGACGACACCGCAACUGAGCGACUGAACCGUUCCAAUUCGUUUGCCGCAGCAGUCGAACAAGUCGUGCUCGAAUACGAAAAGACGAUCCAGACACUCGAACAAUCUCUGUCCAGCACGCGCGGAACGUUGGCCAGUACUGAGGCAAGCCUUUUGGAGAAGGAGACCAAGUGCACCUACGUUGAAACCAUCAACACCCAGCUGCAGGCGCGGUUGCAGAAGCUCAUGGAUCGUGAGGCGAGCACCGAAAAUUACCUCCACGACCUGGAGAGCAAACUCGACGGCCACACUUCCGGGGAGGAGAAGAACGCGACCAUUGUCAUGGAGCUGCGCAAGGAGAUCGCGCGGGUUAGAGAGAAUGAGGCGUCCUGCGAAGACUACAUCUCCACCCUGGAAGAGCGACUUGCCGAAGCGGACCAGGACGCCGAGCUGAUGCAGCGCGAAAUUGAUCGAUUGGAACAGGUCAUCGAGCGCCAGCGCAGUCUCGGAAAGCUCGACUCUCUUCUCCACGAGUUGGAUCACAUUCAGGGAGACAGCAAGGUGCCCGAGCCCGUCACGGAGACCUCGAACGGCGUCGUACGAGCCAACGGCGACCAUGCUCGAAACCAGUCACUGUCGCGGAUCAGCCGGAUGAGCCAAAACGAUGUGAUCCCCGAGAACGUGGAAGGAGAGGCCGCAGCCACAGCCGAGGCAGCCCACUCUGCGCGUGUCGACAAGCAAGGCGGCAACGACACCGAUGCCGAGACGACCCUUGCGAGGGAGCGGAACCUUGUGCCCGACAAGUAUGACUUUCCGCCACCGAGCCCUGCCCAGUCCAAGUUUGUCCAAGACAAACUGGAGAACGUCACGCAAGAGCUCAUCGAUCUGCGUGUCGAGCACGAGACCACCGUCAACGAGUACGACUUGUUGCACGCCAAGUACGAGGAGGCCCUACGCACCUUGGCGGAUCUCCAGGAUACCAUUGACGAGUCCCGCCACCCCGAGCGCAAAGUGCGAGACUCAAUGAUGUCUGUCACUUCCCCGACCCGGACCAGGCCCCCUUCAUUCUUCUCCGAUGCCAGGUCUAGCGGCAUGAAGGAUGGUGGUCCGUUCUCGUCUCGCUCUCUUUCUUCCGAGCUGUCUUCCGCGCUGGACUCGCCCGCCAUGAUUGACCCAUCCGAUGCCGAGACGACGGGUACUGCCAAACCCUCGUCAACCGAAGAUCUCCUUCAUCAAGACCUGCUGGCCACGGAAGUGGAGAGAUUCAGGAUGCUCGCGGCUGAGAAGGAAGGCGCGGAGAAGGAGCUGGCCGAGAGAUACAUCCAGCUCGAACAGAAGCACCACGAGGCUCUCGACAUGCUUGAGGAGCUCAAGACCGAGGUCGCACAGGCCAAAGCCUUGGAUGUAUCUUCCCCAAGGGCCAGCCAGCCUGUCAUCCGCCGCAAGUCCAGCCAGAAUGUUAUGAUCAUUGACCGUGCUCAUCGAUCUUUCGCCUCGCUCCGUAACAUCGCAGCAGAAAAUUUCGAAGGGCAGCCUGAUGUAAUGCAGAACUUUGAGCUGAACUUGAACGCUGCCAUGCAUGAGUUGCAUGCUCGGUCGGAGCGGAUCCAAGAGCUUGAAGCCGACGUUGCGUCUACCAAGAAGGAGAUGGAAACCAAGAUGGCCCUCAUUUCCGGUCUCACUCGCGAGAGGUCUAGUUUGAAGGCCUCGCCGAUGGACAUGUCAAUGGUGUCCAAUCUGAAGAACCAGCUUGAGGUGAACGAACAGCAGAUGGCGGCGAUGAGAGAAUCCCACGAGGCAACCGAGAAGAAGCUCUCGGCCGAGCUCGAGAGCCUCCGCGCUACCCUCAACAGGACGCGCAAAGAAGACGUUACCACCGAGACUCUUGCCGCAAGUGCCGCGGCCGGUGCCGUUGCCGACGUACCGGCAGCAACUACUGAGGUGACGGAGACUUCGCAGGCGGCCGUAGACAACGACAAAAAGAUCACGGAGCUUCAGACCGAACUGAGCACGUGGGAAGCAAAGCACCAGAACGCUCUCGACACCUUGCAGGAGACGGAGGCAAAGAUGAAGAUGACCAUUGAGGAGCUUGAAUCCGAAAUCAGGUCGUUGAACGCCAAAGUGGCCGAGCAGUCUUCCGCACCCGAUGCUGAGGGGAUCAAGGACGUCGGGGCAAAGCACGAGACGCUUCUCAAGUCUCUCCGUGAAGAAAUUGACGAAUACAAGCUGGCCAUCAGCACCAAUGCCGGCAAGGUGUCCGACCUGGAGGCUGCACACGCCGCCACCAAAGCGGAGCUCGAGGAAGCCAUCAGGGCUCGCGACCUGCACGAGACUCAAGCCAAGACGCAACACAGUCUGAUCACCAACCUCGAGAACCAGAUCGCGGCUCACGAGCAGGCUCUCAAGACCCACCAAGAGAGCAUGAAGUUGCUGCAGGAGAACCAUGCUCGAGAGGUGGAGGAGGUGAGGCAGGCCGAGCAGAAGGGAUACGAGGAGCAGGUCGCUGUUCUCCUCAACGAGCACGCCGAGAACAUCAGAGCCCUCGAGGGCGAGCUAAACGAUGCCCGCGAAGACCUCAUGAAGGUCGCUACCCAAGUAGCAUACGCCCUUGGCAAGGAUGUUAGCAUCGAGAAGCUCACCCAGCGCAUCGGCGUCCUAAUUGCCGACCAAAAGGCGCUCGGCGAGACGCGGAAGAGGUAUGGCGAGGUGGAGCAGCACGUUAUUGAACUGUCGGCAAUCAACGACAACCUUUUGAGGGAGCUGGAGCAAGCCAAGUCGACCCUGUCGGAUAUCCUUAUUGCUGAAGGCGACGCUGUGGCGAGCCCCGUUCCUCUACCCGCCCAGUUGUCUGCCAUCCGUAAGAAGAUCACAGACCUGGAGAGCCGGAACAAGAAGAACUCUCGCCUGGUGGAGGAGCUCGAAGACCAACUUCAGAGCAACUUUGACGAGGUCCAGAUGACCAACAACCGUCUCUCAACAUUGCAGACGGAGCGCAACGUGCAGAUCGAAGAAGCCCAGGCCGCCAAGUCCAGAGCCGAGAGCGAACUGGACUCGCUCAGAGCCGAAUACGCAGCCCUUCAGGUCAGUCUUGCCGAGAACACGGGCCCGAGUGGAAGCCGGGACGCUAACAGGUCACAGGCCAGGAUCGACGAGGCUUCGAACUUUGGUCAGGUUCAACAUCCGGAUUCCGCCAACUCGCCGCUUCGCAAGAGCGCUUCGGUGUCGUCGCUGCCGUCACCGCCGCCGGCCAUUCCUUUGCCCCCUCUGCCGGGCGGCGGCAACAACGCCUCGGGCCCCAACGGCACUGUGCCGAACACACCCACCCAGGCCGGACGACCCGGUAGCAAGGAUAACAUGGGCUCAAUCAACCACAUCCAAGAAGACCAGGAGGCCCGUAUCCGCACCAUCGAGAAGCACCUCCAGGCCGAGAAGCAACUCACACAAACCCUGGAGGAGGCUCUCACGGAUCUUGAGCGCCAAUCCAACAAGGUCAAGGCCGAUGGUGAUGCUUGGCGCAAGCGCUGCACGGAGCUGGAGAUGGAGAUCAAGGAACUCAAGGACCGUCCUGCACCCACGCCGCAGCCCGACAACCGCUGGAGCUUGCACGCCGUCGAAGAGGAGCGCAAGAAGCGCCAGGCCGCCGAGGCGCAACAGCGUCUCCUGGAGGAGCGCAUGAACGCCCUUUCCAAGAAGAAGAAGAAGGGCUCCCUCAACUGUUUCUAG